AUGAACGCCGAGUUCAGUGUUGAGGUGCCAGGAGAGGCGAACCCUCUUACAGAAGGCAUCUUAUUCCACGUCUUGCGUUCGGCUUCCUCGACCGACCAGACUCAAGUGCAGACUGGCACAAAGCAGUUGCAGCACUGGGAGAAGGCCCAAGGUUUCUACCCUCUGCUUCAGUCUGUGUAUCUGGACAAAUCGCUCCCUCUAGAAGUUCGCUACCUUGCCGUCAUCCAGCUCAAGAAUGGCAUCGACAAGUACUGGCGCAAGACAGCCACAAAUGCCGUGACAAAGGAAGACAAGAACACAAUCCGGGCACGUCUGUUAGAGAGCGCUGUCAACGAGGCCGAUCACCGUCUGGCGCUACAGAAUGCUCUUGUUGUCGCCAAAAUAGUGCGCUAUGAGUAUCCGACUGACUGGCCAGGUUUGUUCCAACAACUACUCCAAAUCCUUCGCACCGCUGCCGACCCGAGCGCAUACCCACUACAGCUCCCCCGAGCCCUCCUUGUUCUACUAUACAUUGUAAAGGAACUUUCGACUGGAAGGCUCCCACGAACACGACAGAGUCUACAAACAGUGGCUCCUGAGAUAUUCAACGUCAUAGGCACAAUCUACGUGAGCAAGGUACAGGCUUGGCAAACCUUCUUCCAACAUGGUGGAGACGAUGAAGGCGGUGCGCUUGAGAGCAUUGACAACAGCUUGCUUGCCAUCAAGGCGAUCCGCCGGUUAAUCAUCGCUGGCUAUGAGUUUCCAGGCAGAGACAAAGACGUACAGGAGUUCUGGACACUAACCCGCGCUCACUUUGGAGAAUUUCUACACUAUGUAACGCCAGGAAACUCACCGCUUGCAAAUGAGGUCCAAAAGAAAGUUGGAAAGCAUCUGAUGCAGCUUUCGAAAUUACAUCUCAACAUGGCUACUACUCACCCAGCAGACUUUGUCCUUUUGCCCAACUCGCUAGAUCUUGCGCGCGAUUACUGGAGUCUUGUCUCCAAAGUAGGCGAGCAAUGGGGCUCCACGUCCAUAGAAGGCGCCAAAGUCGGUACUGAUGGCGAUGCUGAAGAUGAGGCACCCAUACUGGAACGUCUAGCACUCAAAGGUUUACUACUGAUUCGUGCCCUUGUGAAGAUGGUCUUCUAUCCUACUCAGAGCUUCCGUUACAAGCAUCAACAAGAAAAGGACGAGAGGAGCAAGGCCAUGGACAUGAUCAAGACAGGCUUCUUUACUGACGACCUUGUCCGUGCAAUGACCUCAGCACUCGUCCAACGCUUUUUCGUCUUCCGACCUAGCGAUCUCCGCAUGUGGGAGGAAGAACCUGAUGAGUGGGAGAAGAUGGAAGAAGGCGCAGAGGACUGGGAGUUCGCCAUUCGACCAUGCGCCGAGAAGCUGUUCUUAGACCUCGCAAAGAAUUUCAAAGAUUUGAUCAUCCAGCCUCUACUUCAAGUCUUCUAUUCUGUCGCGACCCCGGAAAACGAGGACAUCCUCUUCAAAGACUCUGUAUACACUGCUAUUGGUCUUGCAGCCGACAUACUGCACGAUCAGGUUGACUUCGACUCGUUCCUCGAGAAGACAUUAGUUGUAGAGGCAACGAAACAGACGCCAGGCUUCAACAUCAUUCGUCGUCGCAUCGCAAUCAUCAUUUCGCAAUGGAUCCCCAUCAAGAUGGCCAAAGAGAAGAAGCCAAUCGCCUACCAAAUCUUUCAGCAUUUGUUAGAUAAGAGCGACCCGAUGAACGAUCAGGUCGUUCGAAUAACGGCAGGACGAAAGUUCCAUGCUGUCGCGGAUGAAUGGGAGUUCCAGGCUGACCUCUUCAUGCCGUACUCGCAGAUUAUGCUUGACAGGUUGAUGGCGUUGGUUCAGGAAGUGGAGCUCCCAGAGACGAAGAUGGCACUGCUCAACACCAUCAGCCUUAUCGUCUUAAGGUUGGAGCAUCAUAUCACACCGUACGCUAACAGUAUCAUCGACCUCCUGCCACCUCUAUGGGAGCAAUCUGGCGAAGAACAUCUCAUGAAGCAGGCUAUUCUCACGAUCCUCGCUCGUCUAACGAACGCCAUGAAAGCCGACUCGCGGUUAUUUCAUAUUUCUUUCCUUCCCAUCAUCCAAAGCGCCAUCGAGCCCGGUUCAGAAACGCAAGUCUAUCUCCUUGAGGAUGCAUUGGAUUUAUGGGCAUCGAUCAUUGCACAAACACCAUCCGCUCCGGAGCCUACACCUCCAGAGCUGCUGAGUUUACUUCAUUACCUCCUCCCACUCUUCAGCAUGGACAACGAUACUCUUCGCAAAGCCAUUGAGAUCACAGAAGCAUACCUUCUUCUCGCGCCCUCCGCCGUACUCGCCGAUGAUUUCCGUCCAGCAAUCCUCCAGGCGCUCGCGGAUCUGCUGGGUAGCCUCAAAGUCGAAGCAAAUGGUAUUAUGACCCAUCUUGUACAAUGCAUUAUUCGCGGUGCACAAGGUGUAGGUGGUGAACAAGCAGUCAAGGUACUCACCAGUGAUCUCAUAUCCACCGGUUUCUUAGCAAAGGUUCUCGAAGGACUUCACGGCGCAUGGACACACCACCAAUCCCACGGACCCUACCGCGAACUUCCCUCCCGCGCCGUCGAUGGUGUCGUAGAAACCGACUACUUCACCGUUCUAGCCCGUAUCGCUAUUGCCUCUCCUACCGUCCUCCUCGAAGCGCUCUCUUCUCUAUCAAGCGAGGGCUUAGAAAAGACACUAGACUGGCUGUUGGAAGAAUGGUUCAGCCACAUCGAGAACAUUGGAGACUCACCAAGCAGGAAACUCAUGUGCCUUGUUCUGACAAGAUUUCUGGAGGGUGGCCAGCCGUGGAUGUUGGCGAGAUUGCAGUUGUUGAUUGGGGUGUGGACGGAUGUGCUGGGUGAGCUGUUGGAUGGUAUGGAUGAUCGGAGUCAAGACUCCCUUUAUUGGCCCCCAGAGCCUUACCACCCAACUGAACCCGAAGCUCCAGAGGAUCUGCGUAAACGCGAACUCAUCUACACAGAUCCGGUCCAUCAGAUCAACCUCGUCGCUUUCAUACGCGAGCAUCUUCAGCAAGUUAUCCAGCAGGUUGGUGGUGAACAGGCGUUCCAAGAGGAGUGGCUGAGUCGUGUGGAUAAGGAGGUGUUGAAGGGAUUCGGAGAGCUGGGAAUCAUGUGAUGCGUACUGAGAUUUGAGGUACGUCUGAUGUUAAGACACUGAAGAUUGUACGACUAGGAUCUAUAGCCGGUUGUCGCGCUCCAGAAUAAAUACACGAUGAGAUGUGCACCAUGAAUUAAGUAAUCACAGCGAACGAUACUUAUAAUACAAGAGAAAUUGAUUGUUGCAUUGGCGACUGAUA